CUCAUGCUCUAACUUCCCAACUUUCCAUGGACCUCGGGGUGGGCGGAGCCAAUCUAUCUUCCUUACUACUGUAAGCUCAACAUAUUCCUCUAUAGCACGACCUGGCCCCAGGCCUUUCUUUGGUCUUUGAGCGAUGCGCUGGUACAGGUAGUUUAUAUAUCUCAUAUACAUAUACCAGGAAGUACAGUACAUUUAUAUUUUUUAUACGGAGAGGUGCUGAUCUUUGUUUGUUUCAACACCGCUACUCUUUAUUAUUUAUCAUUAUCCUCACAUACCUCUCACUCUCAGCCUUGGUCUUUGGUUUGGGAUACAACAUCAUACGGUCCUCCUCGAACUUUCACCCGCCGUGGUAGCCUCGUCCUUUCACAUCACUUCAAGAUCAUUUCAUCCUCUUGAACCUCUAUCGCCAUGCCUGCUCCCCUCUCCGUGGCCGUCCCAGCUGCUGCUGCGGCCCUUGCCUACAUAAAUGCCAAAGGCAACGUCGGCUACGAUUACCAUAUGGUCUCAUCCUUCCUCUCCGCCGUCUUCCGCGGCAAGUGGCGUCAGUUUAAGGGCCGCCUUUCGCUCUUCUAUAUCCUCGAGGAAGCUGCGCUCAACCCCAAGACCGCCAAUAAUGUCUACCUCAUCUUCGAAGGACGGCAAUGGACCUACAAGCAAUUUUACGGUAUGGCGCUCAAGUACGGAACAUGGCUGAAGGAGCAUCACGGCGUCAAGGCGAAGGAGAUUGUGGCCAUGGAGUUUGGCAACUCGGAGAAGUUCAUGUUCAUGUGGUUCGGUCUGUGGGCUAUCGGCGCCCGGCCUGCCUUCUUGAAUUACAAUUUGACCGGCAAGGCGCUGGCGCAUUGCGUCAAGGUUUCGACAGCGAGACUGGUCGUCGUCGACCCGCAAUUCUCCAACAACAUCACAGAUGAUCUCAAGAGCGACCUCCCGGGCGUCGAGUUUGUCAUUUUCUCGCCCGACGUCGAGGCCAAGGCAGAAUGCAUUGAGCCCAUUCGCUCUCCAGACGAGGACCGCUUUGAGGAUAAGCAACAAAACAUGGCCAUUCUCAUCUACACAUCCGGUACCACCGGCCUCCCGAAACCAGCAAUUGUCAGUUGGAUCAAGUGCAUUGUCUCGUCUGCCUUCCCAGGCAAGUGGCUGAGCCUCAAGCACCCCGACAUCUUCUACACAUCCAUGCCUCUAUACCAUUCCUCCGCAGCUCUCCUCGGCACGCUGAACGUUAUGGGCAGUGGUGCCACUGUCUGCAUCGGCCGCAAAUUCAGCACAAAACUCUUCUGGCCUGAAGUCCGCGCUUGCAACGCUACCGUCAUCCAAUACGUCGGCGAGACAUGCCGCUAUCUCCUCGCCGCACCACCGCAGGUCGACCCAGUGACGGGGGAGAACCUCGACCUCAAGAACAACGUCCGCACCGCAUUCGGCAACGGCCUGCGCCCCGAUGUGUGGAACGCCUUCAAGGCCCGCUUCGGCAUCGAGACUAUCGCCGAGUUCUACGCCGCCACCGAGGGCACAGCCGGCUCCUGGAACCUGUCGCGGAACGACUUCUCCCUCGGCGCCAUCGGUCGCGUCGGCGCCAUCUCCAGCAAGCUACUCGGCGGUCAAUCCGCCAUCGUCACCGUAGACUGGGAGAAGGAAGAGCCGUGGCGCGAUCCCAAGACCGGGCUGGGCAAGAAGGUCGCUGUCGGGGAGCCCGGGGAGCUCCUGCUCACCCUCGACGGCGCAGACAUCGAGAAGGGCUUCCAGGGCUACUUCAACAACAAGAAAGCCACCUCGGGCAAGGUCCUGCGCAGCGUUCUUGUCAAGGACGACGCAUUCUUCCGCACUGGCGAUGUCGUUCGCAAGGACUCGGAGGGGCGCACCUACUUCGUCGACCGCAUCGGCGACACUUUCCGCUGGAAGAGCGAGAACGUCUCCACCAACGAGGUCAGCGAGGUUAUGGGCUACCAUGCCGCUGUGCACGAGGCGAACGUCUAUGGUGUUGAGCUCCCCCACCACGACGGCCGCGCAGGCUGCGCUGCAGUGAUCCUUGCUGAGUCGCCGAGCGAACCCCUCAUGAAGAGCUUGGCGGAGCAUGUGAAAGCGCUGCCAAGGUUUGCGAUUCCGAUAUUCCUGAGAAUCACGGAUGGCGGCGGGCCGAUCACGGGGACGAAUAAGCAACAGAAGCAUACGCUACGGGCGGAGGGCGUGGAUCCAGAGAAGGUGGUUGGGGGGGAUCAGAUUUACUGGUUGAAAAAUGGGACGUAUACGCCGUUUACGAACAGGGAUUGGGAGGAGUUGAAUGGGGGAAGGGUGAAGUUGUAA